AUGCAUCAGGACACAAUCUACAGCGAGACUACCACUUGCCCGGGGAAGAAACAAGCCAAAGAAGCGACGGAUCUAGAACAAUCCGAAGGUGAGAUUCUCGGGCACACUAUGGGAAAGAACGAGCAUAUCAAAGCUGCCGAGGGUGAUAGGAAUUUCCAUCGCCUAGGAUGGAAACGUCUGACCAUUGUUUUGAUCGUUCAAUCUGUCGCCCUUGGUAGCUUGAGUCUUCCCUCCGCAUUUGCGACGCUUGGAAUGGUUGCCGGUGUCAUAUUGACAAUCGGCUUCGGCCUUAUUGCUCUUUACUCGAGUUACAUUAUCGGUCUCGUGAAGCUCAGAUAUCCACACCUUCCUCAUUAUGUUGACUUCGGACGCCUUUUGAUGGGGGGCAUCGGAGACAAGAUAUUCGGCGUGGGUUUCGUUGCUCUAAUGACCCUGACUGUGGGCUCGCACUGUUUGACCGGAAAGCUUGCUCUGACUAUAAUCACGGAGAGCAACGUAUGUGCCCUUCUUUUCAGUAUAGUGUCUGCUGUGAUACUGUUUGUCUUCGCAGUGCCGCCUUCCUUUGCCGAAAUUUCUAUUCUCGGCUACAUCGACUUUGCUUCUAUUAUUGUGGUAAUUGGAAUAAGCGUAAUUGCGACUAGUGUUCAAAACACCGGCUCCGUAUCUUCGGAUUAG